AAAAAUGUCUGAUGAUGCUGGUGACACCUUAGCCACUGGAGAUAAGGACAAAAUUACUGAGAUGCCCAAUAGUGAUUCUUUACCUGAAGAUGCUGCAGAAAUGCGUUGUAGUUCAGCUACAAUUUCAAAUGUGCCAACGCCAGGUGGUCCCACAGAAGAGGGGCAUGAAACCGCAGCUGUUCAGGGUACAGAAACUGAAGCCGCUGAGUUCCUUGAGCAGCCCAGAGACACCAGGGCCACAGAGCCACCUCUCAACGGAGAAGUGCCUGAGGAUACACUUGCUGAAUGCAUUGAUUCUGUCAGCCUUGAGGCAGAACCAGGAUCUGAAAUACCCCUGAAGGAGCAGAAUGACCCGGCUGUGGAUCCCCGUCCAGGUGGAGGAGGGUGGGCAGGCUGGGGCUCCUGGGGCAAGUCUCUGCUCUCAUCUGCAUCUGCCACAGUAGGUCAUGGAUUGACAGCAGUCAAGGAAAAAGCAGGAGCUACCCUACGGAUUCACAGUGUAAAUUCUGGAUCUCCUGAAGGGACCCAAACUGAUACUGAACACAGAGUCCCUGAAAUAACAGAUGUGACUGCAGAUCAGGGCCCUGCAGAAAGCCCACCCACCUCUCCUUCAUCAGGGUCUCGGGGCAUGCUGUCAGCCAUCACCAAUGUGGUUCAAAACACAGGUAAAAGCGUCUUAACUGGAGGUCUUGACGCCUUGGAAUUUAUCGGCAAGAAAACCAUGAACGUCCUUGCGGAAAGUGACCCGGGCUUUAAGCGGACCAAGACACUCAUGGAGAGAACUGUUUCUUUGUCUCAGAUGUUAAGGGAAGCCAAGGAGAAAGAAAAGCAGAGGCUGGCACAGCAGCUCACGGUGGAGAGGACUGCGCACUAUGGGAUGCUGUUUGACGAAUAUCAAGGUUUGUCACACCUGGAAGCCUUGGAAAUUUUGUCCAAUGAAAGUGAAAGCAAGGUUCAGUCAUUUUUAGCAUCGCUUGAUGGAGAGAAGCUGGAACUCUUAAAAAAUGACCUAAUUUCCAUUAAAGACAUCUUUGCAGCCAAAGAAUUAGAGAAUGAAGAGAAUCAAGAAGAAGAAGGCUUAGAAGAAAGGGGAGAAGAAUUUGCUAGCAUGCUUACAGAGCUGCUCUUUGAAUUGCAUGUCGCGGCCACACCUGACAAACUCAAUAAGGCCAUGAAGAAGGCGCACGACUGGGUGGUGCAAGAUCAAACCAUGGUGUCAGUAGAUGUGGCAAAAGAUUCAGAGGAGGAAACAAAGAAGCAAGAAAAAGAAGAGAAGCCUGAAGCUCUCAAAGAAGACAGAAAGGAAGAAAAGAGAACUAAGACCGUAGAGGAAGUAUAUGCGUUGUCCAUUGAAAGUCUGGCAGAAGUAACAGCCCGCUGUAUUGAGCAGCUUCAUAAAGUAGCAGAAUUAAUUCUUCAUGGACAAGAAGAGGAAAAACCAGCUCAGGACCAAGCAAAAGUUCUGAUAAAAUUAACUACUGCAAUGUGCAAUGAAGUGGCCUCCUUAGCAAAGAAGUUUACAAAUUCCUUAACCACUGUUGGGAGUGACAAGAAGGCCGAGGUCCUUAACCCCAUGAUCAACAGUGUGUUUUUAGAGGGCUGCAACAGCACGACCUACGUGCAGGACGCCUUCCAGCUGCUGCUGCCCGUGCUGCAGGUCUCGCAUAUCCAGGCCAGCUGUUUGGAAGCACAGCCAUAACCGGGCCAGGUCUAGCUGGCUCCGUCCAGCUCACAUGGCAGGACAUGCCACCAGGUUGCUCAGUAUUUAAGCGGAUGUUUUCUGUACGGCUGGCCACAGACACCCAUUUGAGGACACUACAAGCAAUUUUGCACAGUUUUAAGAAUGCAAGUUUAAAGAGGGUUAUCAUUUCUCUUAAUGUGUAUGGGUUGUUUCUACAGAUAAUUGUGCUUUCUUUAAGUUAAUUUAAACCUAUGUGGCUUAUAU